AUGAUGAAGCCAUCCAUCCAGCCUGGAACCGUCCAAAACAUUCAAAGCAAUGAUGACGAUGAUGACUGGAUCCUCCAGGCCAACGGCCAUCCCAGUGCAAUGCCGCGCCAGUUCGACUGGCUCUCUGCACUUGGUCUUGGAUUCUCGAUCACCAAUUCCUGGAUUGGCUACUUGAGCUGCUUCGGGCAGAACCUCACCUAUGGCGGUGCCCAGGCGUGUAUAUUCAGUUUGAUUGUUGCAUUUGCUAUUCAGUUUUUGGUCACGAUUGGCCUGGCUGGGCUUGGAUCAGCAUACCCAUCAAGCGGUGGACAGUACCAUUUCUGCUAUAUCCUCAGUUCCAGUGGCACGAGAUACAUUUCCUACAUUGUUGGCUGGCUGUCGGUGCUUGGUUGGUGGAUCGUCACUUGUUCCGGAAUAUCCCUGGCCGCCCUUGUCCUCAAUGGCAUCGUGAGCUUCUCGAUGGACGACUAUGUUGCCAAGCAAUGGCAGACCUACUUGACCUAUGUCGGGGUUGCUGUUGUUACAAUCAUUCCUGUCUUUGUCGUAUCUAGAAGGAUCUCUGUCAUCACCCAGAUCUCGCUCUUCCUGUCAUUUUCCGGAUAUCUCAUCUUCUUCGUUGUGUCUCUCGCAAUGCACAAGCAACAUCAGCCCAGCUCGUUUAUCCUGCAGUCAGGACAAGGAAACAGCGGGUGGUCCCACGGGACAGCCUGGAUGCUUGCCGUUAGUAACGCCAUGUAUGCCUUUGGGGGAACAGAUGGUGUGAUACACAUCUGCGAAGAGAUACCCAAGCCCGGAAGACGAGUCCCACAAGUCGUGAUGAUGACGAUGGUUAUUGGGCUUGUGACCUGCCUGUCCCUGUUCAUUUCGCCGCUGCCCAGCAUUGAACUUGUAUACCAAGUAACUGGCAGUGGAAAAGUGACCGUGGGCUUGUUCAUUCUGUUAUGCGUGAUAUAUGCCAUGUCAUUGCCAUCGCAGUGGAAUGGCAUGCCGUUUUCCAACUUCUUCUCGACAAUCCACGGCACGCUCCACUUUCCAGUCUACACGACAAUCGCUGCCUUCCUGUUCAGUUGUUUAUAUGGCCUUCUCUAUCUGGCCUCAACAACAGCAUUCAAUUCGAUCAUCACAUCGGCUGUCCUCUUCUUAAAUAUCACUUACACUGUGCCCCAAGCUCUGGUACUUUGUUAUGGCCGGUCAUCAUUGCCAAAACGUUAUUUGAACCUAGGAUGGUUUGGAUAUGUGUGCAAUGUGUUUUUUAUCUUGUGGAUUUUCAUUCGUACUGUCUUGAUUUGCAUGCCACCCGGUAUUCCCGUCGCUUUGAACUCGAUGAACUAUACUUCUGUUGUAUUGGUGGGAAUCUUCACGGUCAUCAAUGGCUUCUGGUUUGUAACAGGGCGGCAGAAAUUUGAAGGACCACGUAUUGACUGGGGACGUCUGCAGGCAUCAUGAAUUAUAAGUUGGGAUUAUUCCAUAUCUUGAUAGGAGUCAAUCAACUUGACAAUGUUGUUUAAACUGGAGAUAGUGGUGGUGGA